AUGUCGAAAAGAUUUCUCGCAUUCAAUGAUUUUGAUGAGCUUGUCGAAAUGCCUCCAGGAGGGACUAAUGAGAUGUUGAAAACUGACUUGCGGCGCUGUUUAAAGGAAUCAACUUUGCUUUCUACGAUGACUGUUUCAACCGCUAUUGAGUUGUUGCAUGCGUUUUUGGAAAGCGGGCACAGCAUCACACUGGAUCCGACAUUUCCUAAAAAGCCACCAAAUGCUUUCUCGAUAUUUAUUAAAAAAUUAGGGCAAAAUAGAUUCUCUUCGGAUGCAAGUAAUAUGUGGAAAAGUGAGUCUAAUGCAGCCGAAAAAGCAGAAGCGGAAAGAGAAGCAUUACAUUUAAUGGAGAAGUAUAUCACAGAUUUGCAAGCCUUCAAAGAAAAAUAUCCGAAUUUAACGGAAUCUCAUAGCUCUUAUGUCGAUAAUCUGAUGGCAAAUGCGCAAAAAACUAUCAAUAAGUCGAAAGCGGGGAAAUGUCUCAAUAACAAGAAAAAACUGAGUAAGAAGAAAGAGCAAAAAACUGCCUUCGAUUUAUUUGCACUUACUUUGACUAGCAAAUAUGCUGAUAUGGAACCUGAAAAACGAGAGAAGAAAUUGCGAAAAAAAUUUGACAGACUAAAUUGUGGUGAGCGAGAAAUUUAUGAAAAGCUUGCUGCCGCGCUUUAA